GAGGAGGGCGGCUCGGCCGUCCUUCCCCUCGCUGCGGGCUGACCGCGCGGGUAGGCAAGGAGGAGGCUUCGCUCUUUGGACGUGCCCGCGGGAUGCGCCUUUAGCGGCGGCCCCGGCCGAGCGCAGGCCCCGCCGGCUGCACCUGGCGCCAGCGCCGCGCCCUCCGCCCGGGACCCGCCAUGGAGAAGCGAGGGGAGAGCGAGCCGCUCUCCCACCCCCUGCAGCCGGAGCCCGAGCCCGAGCCCGAGCCGCAGCCGCCGCCGCCGGCGGAGAAGCGCUUCAGGCUGUGGUACGUGGGCUCUUCGUGCCUGGACAGGCGGACCACGCUGCCCAUGCUGCCCUGGCUGAUGGCAGAGAUCCGCCGCCGCGGGCAGCGGCAGGAGCCCAGCGGCUCCCUGGGCAGCGGGGUGCCGGCCCGAGAGGUGCUGCUGCUGCUGGGCUCGCCCACGCUGCGCUGCGUGCCCGCCGGACCCGCCAGCCCCGGCCGCCCCGCCAGCCCCGCGCCCGCCGUCUUCAUCUUCGAGCACAAGGCACAACACAUCACCCGUUUCAUCCACAACAGCCACGACCUCACCUACUUCGCCUACCUGAUCAAGUCGCAGCCUGACAACCCCGACUCCCCCAUGGCCUGCCACGUCUUCCGGGCCACCGACCCCAACCAGGUUCCUGAUGUCAUUAGCAGCAUAAGACAAGUCUCCAAAGCAGCACUGAAAGAAGAUGCCAAACCAAGUAAGGAUAGUGAAGAUGCCUUCUAUGACUCUCAAAAGUUUGAGGUCUUGUACUGUGGAAAGGUGAUGGUGACUCACAAGAAAGCUCCUUCCACGCUGAUUGAUGAUUGCAUUGAGAAGUUCAGCCUUCAUGAGCGCCAGCGCCUCAAACUAUUAAAUGAGCAGCGGAACAACGAGUCAAGUUUGGACUUACCACUAUGUGAAGGAAAUGUUCCAGCUUCUCCAUCAGAUAACCCGUUUGAGGAGCUAGACAGCCCAAAUAACACUGCAGGGCACACUGCGAUGUUUACAGUCGGCAGUCAGACCAACUUGACCAACCUGGCCAGCACUCGUGGCUCCUUUCCAGAACGAAUUUUAGAGGACUCUGGCUUUGAUGAGCAGCAAGAGUUUCGGUCCCGGUGCAGCAGCGUUACUGCAGUUAUGCAAAGAAGAGUUCAUGACACAAACCUGAAAAUACAACCACGUAGAAGACAUGCAAGUGCACCCAGUCAUGUUCAGCCCUCCGAUUCUGAGAAGAACAGGACAAUGUUGUUCCAGGUCGGAAGGUUUGAAGUUAACCUCAUCAGUCCAGACACCAAAUCUGUUGUGCUUGAAAAGAAUUUUAAAGAUAUCUCCUCAUGUUCUCAGGGUAUAAAGCACGUUGAUCACUUUGGCUUCAUUUGCCGGGAAUCUGUUGAACCUGGGUUAGGCCAGUAUGUUUGCUAUGUGUUCCAGUGUGCAAAUGAGUCUCUGGUUGAUGAAGUAAUGCUUACCCUGAAACAAGCCUUUAGCACUGCUGCAGCUCUGCAAAAUGCCAAGACACAGAUAAAACUUUGUGAGGCCUGCCCGAUGCAUUCAUUGCACAAACUUUGUGAAAGAAUUGAAGGACUCUAUCCACCAAGAGCCAAGCUUGUAAUUCAGAGACAUCUGUCAUCCCUAACUGAUAAUGAGCAAGCAGACAUUUUUGAACGUGUCCAGAAAAUGAAGCCUGAGAAUGACCAGGAAGAAAAUGAACUUGUGAUCUUACAUCUACGCCAACUCUGUGAAACUAAGCAGAAAACACACAUUCACAUUGGUGAAGCACCAUCGACCAUUUCUAACAGUGCGAUUCCAGAAAGCACCACCAGUGGUGGCAGGUUUAAACUUGACAUUCUGAAAAACAAGGCCAAGAAAUCCUUGACUAGCUCUCUGGAAAAUAUCUUCUCAAGGGGAGCCAACAGAAUGCGAGGCCGCCUGGGAAGCGUGGACAGCUUUGAGCGCUGCAACAGCCUUGCUUCUGAGAAAGACGCUUCGCCGGGCGAUUCCCCGCCAGCUACUCCUCCAGCCUCCCCGGUGUCCCCGGCCUGGCAGCCGUUUCCCGAGGAGGACUCGGACUCCCCCCAGUUCAGGAGGCGUGCGCACACCUUCAGCCACCCUCCCUCCAGCGCCAGGCGGAGGAUAACCUUCCAGAACGGGAGGUCCCAGAGCGUCCGGUCCCCGCUCCUGCGACAGACUUGCGUCGAGGCAACAAGCCCUGUUCUCGGGGUUCGGCGCGCUCUCAAUGAGAGUGAAUCUGCGUCACCUGGUCUCCCCUCCUCUGUCUCUGCCCCUUCUUUCCUGAAAAGCUUUUACCAGGGCUCAGGAAGGUUGCUCCAGCACUCAGAAAAUGACCUCUCCAAGAGUGAUGGGGAGGGAAAGAAAAGAACAUCAACUGUCUGCAGCAGUGAAUGUCUAAAUGCUGUGGGGGCCACGCUCACACCUCGCCGCAUCUCCUGGCGGCGGAGAAUAUUCCUGCAGGUAGCUUCACCUAUGAAUAAAUCUCCUUCCAAGAUGCAGCAUCCAGAUGGUCAUGACGGAAGUGAAUUGUUACCAUUAUCCCCUCUUGCUCCACCCUUGGAGGAGGACCCUCUUGUUCUAGUAUUGCAAAAUGAGGAUUUUCCAGAUAAAACUGGAGAGAGGAAAAACUCAGAAGAACUACAGAGUCUGUGGAGAAAAGCCAUACAUCAACAAAUUCUAUUGCUUCGAAUGGAAAAAGAAAACCAGAAGCUGGAAGCAAGCAGAGAUGAGCUGCAAACAAGAAAAGUCAAACUGGACUAUGAUGAAGUUGGUACAUGUCAGAAAGAUGUCAUAAAUGUUUGGGAUAAGAAGUUACUGAACUGCAGAGCCAAAAUCCGAUGUGACAUGGAGGACAUUCAUUCCACUUUGAAAGAAGGUGUACCAAAAAGUCGUCGGGGAGAAGUUUGGCAGUUUUUGGCUGUGCAACAUCGAGUCAGACACAGGCUGCCAAACAAGCAGCAGCCUCCUGACAUCUCUUACAAAGAACUUCUGAAACAACUGACUGCUCAACAGCACGCCAUCCUUGUAGAUCUAGGACGGACAUUCCCGACACAUCCUUAUUUUUCGGCCCACCUGGGAGCAGGACAGCUGUCACUCUUUAAUCUCCUGAAAGCAUACUCUUUGCUGGACAAAGAAGUGGGUUAUUGUCAAGGUAUCAGCUUUGUAGCUGGAGUGCUGCUUCUACAUAUGAGUGAGGAACAGGCCUUUGAAAUGCUGAAAUUCCUCAUGUAUGAUCUUGGCUUCCGUAAACAGUACAGGCCAGACAUGAUGUCACUACAGAUUCAGAUGUAUCAGCUCUCAAGGCUUCUUCAUGAUUAUCACAGAGACCUGUAUAAUCAUUUUGAAGAAAAUGAAAUCAGCCCCAGUCUUUAUGCUGCACCAUGGUUUCUUACACUGUUUGCAUCUCAGUUUCCAUUAGGAUUCGUAGCCAGAGUAUUUGACAUUAUUUUUCUUCAAGGAACCGAAGUCAUAUUUAAGGUAGCACUGAGCCUACUUAGCAGUCAAGAAAUGUCUAUAAUGGGAUGUGAAAAUUUUGAGAACAUUGUUGAUUUUCUUAAAACCACUAUUCCAGAUAUGACUCAGCCUCAAAUGGAAAAGAUUAUUACCCAGGUGUUUGAGAUGGAUAUUUCAAAACAGCUCCACGCCUAUGAAGUAGAGUACCAUGUUCUGCAGGAUGAACUGCAGGAAAAUGUGAGUCCUUGUGAUGAAGGUGAACCCCUGGAGAAGCUGGAGAGGGCAAAUAAUCACCUGAAGAGGCAAAACAUGGAUUUGUUGGAGAAGCUACAGGUUGCUCAUGCUAAAAUUCAGAGUCUGGAAUCCAGCCUGGAGACUGUUUUGACUCGAGAGAACAAAAUGAAGAGUGUAAUUCAGUCCCUGGAACAGGAAAAAAUAACGUAUCAAAAUAUUCUUGAGCAGAUAAUGAAGUAUUUGCCAACAGAAGUGUUGUCUGACUGUGAACUGCUCCUAAAGGAAGUAAACUACAACCCAAACAAUAAAAUAAGGAGUAAGCCAUAAACCAGGGUUUUCUAAGCAGCAUUUCUUCAAAAAAGGGAAAGAAAAGAUGAAUAUGCUGCUUUCAAAGGACUUAGCAAUAGACAAUGAUGUUACCCAAAACUAGUGCUGGGACACUCAUAGCUACAGAUGGGCCUUUCAAAUGUCAGUAUGCAAAUUCAGGCUAUUAAUUUUUUUUAUGAUUGUGUAAAUAAAUCACAAGGGGUAAAUAAAAGAUUCUCUCAUGUAAUUAUGAUGAGUAGAUGUAUAUUUAGAGUUGAUCUAAAGGAAAAGAGAAAUUUCAGUAGUCAAAGCCAAGAUAACGAUGAUCUACAAAUUCACUUUGGAUGUGUUUGUCUCUUAGUGAAAUGAGGAUGGUGUGUCUUUAUAUAUAUGUAUGUUGAAUAAUACUUGAAGAAAAAAAAAGAAAAAAAAGAAUGUAAUUUCCCCUCCAAAGAGCAGCAUGUUUCACAUCUUCUGUGGAAAAUCUGUGUGAACUCAUGCCUGCCUCUCUUUUAAUUCUACUGACAUUGUGUGCACAGAUCAAUAAGCAGAAUAAAUAUCAUGACUUGGUGCGUACAGAAAGAGCUCUAUUGCCACCCACUGCCUGGGCUGUACCAGUCAGCAGUGUAAUUCCACAUGCAUGUUGGAACUGGAAAAAAAAAGUCUCAUGUCAUAGCUCCACCUCCAUAACUCAGAGCUAAGAAAUAGUUAUCUAUACACACCCGCAAAACUUGUAAAGACAAGAGCUAACAGCAACUGCUACUUCUGUGCUGGCCUGUUUGCUUCCCCCUGUCCUGUGGUUGGUGAUGAUGACAGGAGGAAGGAAGCGAGGCUGCGAGGUGGUAUUUAUUCUGAUGUUAAUUUUUUGCAGGAGGCUUGUUGUCUUAAGAGUUAGGCAUCUAAGAGGUUCUCAUUUAACCAAAGAAAUACUGCAAGAAGCCUUGUCUUGUCGUGGGAGCCAGGAAGCUGUUCUUAAAUUUUAUUUGAAGAUAAAAUAGAGGCAGGUUGCAGGAAAUUGAGCAUAACUGCACAAGAGAGGACCAAGAAAGCUCCAAAUUUUAUGUACCUUUCACAUACACAGCAGAUAUGAAUUUCAAAGGGGAUUCUGAAGUACAGGUGCAGUUUUAAUAAUGCUUUUUGGGUUAUUCCUGUUUUAAUACUGCAUUGUGGUCUUCUUUUUAAAACAAAAGUUUGUGUCUUCUGGGCAGAAGGUGAGAUAGGCUCUGAUCAUUUCAAGGGAGAAAAUACGUUUAUAAAGUAUAAAAAGAUGCAUAUAGAUUUGAAAAUGUUUUUGAGUGGAAUUUUUGAGAAGGCUUAGGCAUGCAUUUUGAAGUGCAUGUCUGAACCGUUCAUUGAGUGUUACAGUGGCUCAUGUUAUCUCUUACCAUUUAUACUGUAUUUCAGGAAACACUCUUUUUAGUAAGAAAAACAGUUAAGCAAAGUGCCAAAUCCAGCAGUGUCUGUAUGCAUAUGAUUGUCCAAUUAAGAAAGCAAGGACUGAAUAUCACUGCUUUCUGAGUAUUAUGCUUUAUGGUAACAUAAAAAUGAGCAACAAUGCUGAUUUGCUGCACGCUGCUGUGGAACUUAGGGCCUUGUGUCUCCUGGGUUGGUUGGGUUUUUUUGAUUGUUUUGUUAGGGUUUUUUAUUUGUUUUUUCUGUUGUUUUUUACUUUCAUGGUGUUUUAUUUGAUCAAAGAUAGAUUUACUUAACAGUCUUUCUUUUUACAGUUGGAGUGCAAAGUCUUAACACUGUGUAUAAAAUUGUGGAAUCUGUCUAGAUAUUUCAAGAAUAUUGUGUUACACUAGGUGGAAAAUGCCAAGUGGAAAAGCAGUUAUUUGCAGUUUUGUUCAGAAUAAGUUUUGGAUGAUGUGUACAUACAAAACCAAUCCCAGGAGCUGCAGUACUGUGUAUUACAAAGAAUCAAGGCUAUUCAGAUACAUUUAAUUUUAUAAUUUUUUUUAAGAUGCACUGAAUGUGCUUUAUCCUCAGUUUCACUUAUAAAAUUUUUCAUGUAAUGCCUGGAGAAAUUCCAAUAAAUGUCAUUGCUGCA